AUGUAUGAUAGAGAUAAUCCCUCUAUUGAGGAAGGUGUAGUUUUUUCUUCUACAGUUGAGUGCAGAAAUGCAGUUGCAACUUUCUCAAUUAAGAGUGAAACAGAGUACAUGACUUUGAAAAGUGACCCAAGAAGGUUUACUGUCAAAUGUGCAUGUGACAGAUGUAAGUGGAGGCUACAUGCCUCUUUAAUGAGGAGAAGCACAUUAUUUCAGAUUAAGGUCAACCCUUACCCUCACAACUGUCCAAGUGUUAAUAGAUCUCAGAUAUUGAGGGCUUUAAAGAGAAGAUGGAUAGCAGAUGCUUCUGUGACUUGUAUUAGAAAUAAUCCAGGCAUAGGUCCAAAGCAAAUACAACAGAGGUUGGCUGAGAAGUAUGGAAUUGAGGUGCCAUAUAGUAGGUGUUAUUUUGGUAAAGAGCUGGCAGUAGAUAAGACGUUUGGGAAGUACAGUGAGAGUUUCAGUCUUCUUUAUUCAUCCAAAGCUGAAGUUGAGAGAACAUCACCAGGCAGUGUAGUUGAAAUUGACAAGCACACUGUGGAGUACACACUGCAGUCCCAAGUAUCGACAUGGGAACUCUGCAAGGUUGCAAUGCAGAAGAUCGACAACACGCUCUUUGUCCUCUUGAUCACCAUGGAUGAGAGUGGCAGUGGAUUUCGUAUAGUUGACUUUGAGUCCAGAGGCUUCUUCGAACAUGUCCAGCGCAAACUUGAUAAAGCUGAGGUUAGAGAUGGUAGGAUGGGCGAAUAG